AUGUUCCAUGACAUUCUGAUAAAUGAGACUGAUCAAUCUCAGAAAACAACAGCACGCCUCCGCAGACACCAGCAACAAGGUGUCCAGAGCCAGCAAAAGGAUCCAUAUGGCCAAAUAGAACCAUUGCACAAUUUCGAUUGGAGAACUACCGAGCCUCUCCAAUUUCGACCAUUCAAGCCGGUUUACCACCUGUCAAUGUCGCUCGAAAAUCCUCAUGUGUCGGAGUUAAUCGAGAUGGACAAACAUUAUUUAGAUAGAAUAAUGUUGCGAAGGCAAUUGAUCCGGGAUCACGAGGACAAAGUCAUUGCGGUUUGCGAUGGUGUUAAACAGGCUAUUGACGAGCUGUACUCGUGGCUGGCGACGAUUUACCUUCCCAUCCGCUUCCCAACUAUGUUCCAGAUAACCACGAAUGGGUCCACGGGUCAGGCGGCAUUGUUCAACAAGGUGAUAUCGGAAAUCUCCCCAUUAUGUCCUGAACCAACGGCUGAUGCUACACUGCGAAGGCUUGGAGGUCUUGUGAAAGAUGAUAUUCUGUUUCUUCAACCUACCGAGGACGGGGAUGGGUAUAAGCUCAAAGCAUUUGUCGCAUGCUUCCCCAACGGAUUCAACCCGCGAGAAAAGCUCGACAUGAAGCUUCGGCGCAUUCAUGAGUCCGUUCCCAAGUACAAAGACAAGCUAGAAAAGAGCAUGGAGCGUUGGUUUGACGGGCUGGAAGUGGGACGAGUUGUCAAGAGGUGUAAUGCCAUCUCGACGCACGAUAGAUUGUAUGCACCGGCAGAUCAUCGUCCACGCGAGGGCGACUCUGUUCAGGCCAAAAGUGUGGACAUCGACAUGGUCUGGACUUGA